AUGCAGCGGGGCUGGGAGGGCUGGGCAUCGCGCCUUGGCGUGCGGCCGUCCGCAGCCGCGGCAGCAUCGGGGCAGGGCGAGCACGCCUCGACCGGCGCGGCUUCCCCGCCGGUCGAGUUUGUGUAUGGGCGCGUCUCCGCCGACUCUGACGACGAGGCGGUUGACAUCUAUG